GACAGUAGACUUCCAGUUGUCAUUACCACGAUAGCUUCCAGCACAACGAGUCAAGAGAAGAACAUGUUGAGAUUUCUUUGUCUUGCCGUUUUGCUUCUAAUGCUCGUGGGAGUGUGUUUCGCAGACGACCAGAGUUGUCUCGUAAAUACGUUGUUCCGAUCGGUGUCUAACUUGGCAGACAAAGUGAAGGAAAUGGGAAAUGACUUGCAGAAUGAAAAAGAGGAGAGAAUCAAAUUGCAGGAGGAGAACGUGGAACUGAGAAAAAUCACAGCUCAGCUUCAAGCAGACAAUGUGCUUCUCAACCAAACCUCGACUAAUGAAAGAGAGGAGAGAAUCAAAUUGAAGCAAGAGAACGUGGAAUUGAGAGAAAUCACAGCUCAGCUUCAAGCAGACAACAAACUUCUCAACCAAACCUCGACUAAAAUAGAUAGUGACUUGCAGAAUGAAAGACAGGAGAGAAUCAAAUUGCAGGAGGAGAACGUGGAAUUGAGAAAAAUUACAGCUCAGCUUCACAUCAUGCUUCUUAACCAAAGCUUGACUGUUAACGCAUGCUGCAUUGAGGAAAAACCUGCUGCUCAUCUCUAUGGGAGUGGUGCUACCGUUGCUCUUUCAGUCGGUACUCGUGUUACCUACUGGUCAACUAGUACAUCACCUCCAGGUUUUCUUCGAGGAGGAACUGUCUACAAUAAUGGAUACAUUACAGUUCCACGUGACGGAUUGUAUUAUGUAUAUCUUCAACUUUGGUAUGAAAGAGACGCCGGUCAAAAUUACUGUUCCUUUUGGAUCAAGUUGAACGACACCAACAAUAUUGGCAGCGUUUAUCACUAUCAGCAAAACACUGAUGGUCACGACGAAAGUCAAUACACAGGACUAACGGUUAUGCUGACAGCUAACGACCGGAUCUCUGUGACUGUGAGAGAUUCUACCUGCAAUUGUGACUUUUACACAACGGACACGGCAUUUUUCGGAGCUUUCUACAUUGGUUAACUCUUAAAACAUUCGGUGAAAGCAGUACAGUCGCUGUCUCUCAAUGUGUGCGCAUUUUUCUCUCUUUGAAUUACUGAUUACUGUUACGUCCAAUGUCUCUGUUUGCAUGUUUAUGGUAGAAUUAACUUCACACAUAAUAAUUAUUGCGGUACCGGCACCAACAUCUGUACGUUAGUCAUUAUCCUACAAUAUAGUAUAAACUGUAGUAGACUCAAAACGUAUGCAUACUGGAUUGUAUGGUAACACCUACUGUAUAUCUAGAUUGGAUAAAAAAAUGCCUAGACUAGUAGGAAACUAAACUGAAUACUGCUAUCUUGACUCUAU